AUAAAGCAGGAAGUGAGUAGUGCACAAGACAGUGAUUAUGGCAGACAACUACAGGGACUAUAAUCUGACAGCAGACCAGCAGGCUAUUAAAGCCAAGUAUCCGCCCCUCACUAAAAAAUAUGAGUAUCUGGAUCACACCGCUGACGUGCAGUUACAUGCCUGGGGAGAUACUUUGGAAGAGACAUUUGAGCAAUGUGCUAUGGCCAUGUUUGGCUACAUGACUGAUACAGAGACCGUUGAACCCUUGGAUACUAUAGAAGUGGAGGCAGAAGGACAUGACCUGCUCUCUCUUCUCUAUAACUUCUUGAAUGAGUGGCUGUAUAAAUUCAGUGCUGACCAGUUCUUUGUACCCAGGGAGGUGAAAGUGCUUUACAUUGACCGAAUGAGGUACAAAAUAAGAUCCAUUGGGUGGGGGGAAGAGUUCUCUUUAUCCAAACACCCUCAGGGUACUGAGGUCAAGGCAAUAACUUAUUCAGCAAUGCAGAUCCAUGAAGAAGAGACUCCAGAAGUGUUUGUCAUCAUUGACAUAUAAAAUGAGAAGAGAACUGCUGAAAGGAGUGAAUACUUGUCAUUGCUGGCAAAGGUCCCACACAGACUCUGUCAUCUGUCUGGAAAUAAUGGAAAAAUUGGCUAUAAAUGUAUUCUAAUGCUUGGAGCCAAGAAGAUGCUCCAUCAGCUGGGAGGAGGAAUCACAGGGAACAGCCAUCUAUGAUUUUACUCUUGAGCAUGGUGAACCAGGCUGGGAACUGCAACUCUAGAAAGGAGAGCUAGGUUUCUCUGGUGAGAAGAAAGGAAUUUAUAGGGAGUCUCUCAGUAGCACUGGAUACUUUAUAUUGUGGUGUUUGUUUGUUUGUUUGUUUGUUUGUUUGUUUUUAAAGGCCAGCAUUGGUACUGGGUUCCUUUUUAAUGUAGGUGGGGGAAAUCAAAAGGGGGUAAUUAUUAAUAAUUUUUGUUAGCAAAAAAUAUAUUUUAUUGAGAUAGCAGGAGGGUGAGAAGACUACAUUGUAAUAGAUCUGCACACUUUUGCCUUCUUUUAGAGAAACUACCUCUCCUCUGUUUUGCGCUGCUAUGAUACAGAUUUUAAUUUGCUCGUUCCAAAGUGGCAUCUCUGUUUCACUUUAUUUAAAGCUUCUGAGGGUAUGUCUACACAGCAAAGUAAAACCCAUGGCUGGGCCAUGCCAGCCGACUCAGGCUCUGGGUGCAGAGCUGUUUCACUGCUGCGUAGACUUUCAGGCUGGUGCCCAGGCUCUGGGACCCUCCUACUUCACAG